AUGGAGCCAACUGGCACAGUGCCAGACAUAAGCACCGCCCCGAUUUGGGUCAACGAUCCAGAUGCAACAUGGCGUGAUCAUUGGAUGCAAGCUGUUUAUUUUCCCACACAUCCACUCACAUUGGUGAAAGGUCAACCUGUACAAAUCCAUUUCCGGCAUGAUCUACUCUCAUUAUGGUUCGAUCUUCCGCCUCCGGAAACAACCAAUAAUCAACCAUCUUCCUCCUCCUGCUCAUCUAUGGGCCCUGAGAGACCGGUUUGUGAGUGUGGUCUACACUACGCCUGGCCGCGGACUCGUAUUGCUCAACUACAAACAGCAGAUUACCAGACUAGUAUGACCCGUCUAGUCGACGGUCUGUCCACUGAACUGAAACGCAUGGCCUUGCAAUGUGUACAUAUUUUGACUGUGUCUGAUUGCAGUUUGCUUCCGAUCUUUCUGUCGGAAUCUCUCGGUUUCGAGUUCGCCGGUCAUACUGUCCGGUUUGAUCACAUAGAAACAUCCGCUUGUUCCUCUCGAUUCUUGCAAUCGGUUUACAGCCAGGUGCUAACUGAACAAAGGGCACCGACAAUUCAACUUUCAGACUCAGCCAGUUCAUGGAUUCAAACAUUUCGGGAACAUCACAGUGUGAAUACAGUUGAGAAGCAGUGUGUUUUUGUGGUCGCGGAACCGUUUGCUGUAGCGGCCACUCUACCUUGGGAUGCCAUGCAUUUUUGGUACGCAUUUGAUGAAGUACGCGUCGCAUUCCCCGAUCUAGAUGUUCGUCUGUACAGUCCUCGUCAACUUCGUAUUUGGGCUGUACUGGUUGAAUUCGAACAGUUGUGGAAAAUUCGCGCCCCAAUCGGUUCCGAUUGUGAGGGUUUCAAUCUGACCGCUUUCGACCGUUUAGUGCAACCGGCAAUGCGACAAACCCACGCCACCGUUGAGCCACAACCGUUGUGGGAAUAUGCCGGUGAAGCGCGUUCCACACCUCAGGUCAUAUUUGACGUGGAUUUUGCCACACUACAGUCAGAUACACAAACUGUUCGUCAUCCCCAGGUACAUCUGGAAGCCACCAAUUUGUCCGAAACGCCCCACAAAGUGAACGGGAUUGCAUUCUGGGCGGAAUGGCUAAUGCCUAAGCUGGAGACGGAUCCGGUUGAAAGCGGUCAUCAUUGGUACGCACCAGCUGGUCCCAGUUGUUCCAUUCGAUCGGGCGAACAAAUUCGCUGGAAAUCGACGGGUGUGCAACAAGGUGUCACAUUGUUCCCUACUGCUUUGACGGUGUCUGGUGCAAAUCCGUUUUCAAUUCCGAUUGACGUCUCGUUCCACGUGGCAUGCGGCGAGUUUCAUUUUGAGAUAACUACAUCGGAGGGGUGA